CGCAGCCCAGAGGCGCACUGGCACUGCGAUCUUUCAGAGGCAUACAGGAUUAGCUGCUGUUUCUACUGCUUGGGUCUCUUCUGCAGAGAAUUUAGGCAUCCAGGACAGGGAUGAGAGGAGGAAGAGAGGGUGAGCGGCGAUUAAGCUGAGGUAACUCCCCUUAAAAAGAAUAGCGGAAAGGAGAGCUUUUAUUUAAUCGGUUGUGUUUGAUCAGAUCAGAAACAGCUUCUUUUUAUUUUUUAUAAUAUGCGCUAAUAAUCUCAACAACAAAUCGUUUUCACAAUCAUGCCAGUUUAAAAAAAUGAACAGAGGCGAAGUAGAUUUUUUGGUGGCUGGAUUUUUUUUCUUGUACUAUUCUAUGGACGAACACUAGUCUGCUAUGGAGAAACUCUGUUGUCAAAAUGAGUUUGGACACUGAUGAUGCUGCGAACUUCUGGAGCAACGGUUCCUCGGAACUGUUAGAUGGGGCGCGGUUGUCUGCCAAGAACUCCAACGUAACUUCAAAGAACGAAACCGAGCUCAUUCCGUUGGUCCUUACCCGGGCAGUUCCACUGGGCAUAGUUCUAGGCGCUUUCAUUUUAUUCGCAAUCGUGGGCAACAUCCUUGUCAUUCUCUCGGUGGUGUGCAACAGGCACCUGCGAACCCCAACUAAUUAUUUCAUUAUCAACUUGGCGAUCGCAGACCUGUUGCUGGGUACCACUGUGCUGCCCGUGUCCGCCACCUCAGAGAUCCUGAACUACUGGGUGUUCGGGAAGAUUUUCUGCGACAUCUGGGCGGCAGUGGAUGUGCUGUGCUGCACCGCAUCUAUCAUGAGCCUGUGCGUGAUCUCCAUAGACCGCUACAUCGGCGUGAGCUACCCACUCCAAUACCCGAGCAUCGUGACGGAGAGGAGGGCAUUGCUGGCCAUGCUCGGGGUCUGGGUUCUCUCUGUGGUCAUCUCCAUUGGACCUCUCCUCGGGUGGAAGCAGGCGCCCCCGCCAAAGGACACGGUUUGCUUCAUCACCGAGGAGCCCUUUUACGCGCUGUUCUCCUCGCUGGGAUCGUUCUACAUACCUCUGGUCGUCAUUCUAGCCAUGUACUGCCGAGUCUACAUUGUCGCCAAACGGACUACCAAGAACCUGGAGGAUGGAGUAAUGAGGGAGCGGAUGAACUCAAAUGAGCUCACGCUCAGGAUCCACAAGGGUUCGCAGAUGCAGGAGGACGGCGGGGGCGCGGGCAAAGGCAGGGGGCACCACACGAGGAGCUCGCUCACGGUCAAGUUGCUAAAGUUCUCCCGGGAGAAGAAAGCUGCGAAGACCCUGGGUGUCGUGGUUGGCAUGUUUACACUUUGCUGGCUGCCCUUCUUCCUCGCGCUGCCCAUUGGGUCGUUUAAUGUCAGUCUGCGGCCCCCUGAGACGCUCUUCAAAGUGAUCUUCUGGCUGGGCUACUUCAAUAGCUGCCUGAACCCCAUCAUCUACCCCUGUUACAGCCGGGAGUUCAAGCUGGCCUUCAUCCGCAUCCUCAAGUGCCAGUGCCGCCGCAGGAGACGCCCGGGGUGGAGGGCCUACAACUACCGCGGCUCCACCUUCAACUCCUCCAGCCACUCGCGCAAGGACUCCUCGGACAACAACUCGGCCUGCCUCAACGGGAGUCAGCGGACGCUGUCCUCGGCCAGCCCGAGCCCCAGCUGGCUGAGCAAGGGCCCCCGCCCUGGGCUGGAGCUAGAGCUGUGCCGGGGCUGGGGCGCCCGCUCCUCCCUUCCCGGGAGCCCCCCUGACGACAGUCAGGGACCCCUGAGGGGGGGGCCCGCCGCGGCCUGCUCGUGCACCUCCAGCCCGGCCAGCCCUCCGCCCCCCGAGGGGCAGAAUGGAAACGGGGAUGUGGACCUCGGGGUGAGCGUGGGGGGGCUCGCGUGCGGAGCCGGCAUGUGACCUCACAGGGACCUCUGAGACGAGCGGGUGUCCUGUGUGCCUCAUUACUGCGGUCCCUGGGGGAUGGCGGCUACUGGUUACAGGUAUCAUUGACAUCAUCGUUAAUGGGUAAAGGUAUCGCUGCUUGGUGCCUCCAGAUACAAGUCAAUAAGUGCUGGAUCUCAGGGUCUGACCCAUAGCCGGAGAGGUUCACAGCCAAGGUGAAUUUCAUCACAGAAACGCUGAAAGUCUCAUUCAAAGACACCAAAAUCCUCAGCUGAUCAAUAGCGAUUUAAAAUGAGUGCAGAUGAACAAAGGGACCGACCCUUUGUAUUGAUCGUAUGAGAGGAGGAGAAUUAUCCCUCCUGACAACGCGUUUUGUGUAAACAGGGGAACCACUCGAUGUAAUUGGUCUGUGUUUUAUAUUUUUGUCAUGCAGUGACUAUGUUAUGUGUU